UCUCUCUCUCUCACUCUCUCUGUGCUGGGUCAGGAUGCAAAGGCUUACACAGGCAGGGGAGGAAACAUGUCAUGAGAGGUGAUGACACAGCCACGGAGACGCAUCCACAUCCUCUCUGACUCCCAAGUUUGCUGCUCGCUGCUGCUUUUGCCACUGCCGCCGCUGCUGCUGUUUCUGCAUCCCAUAGAGGAGAGAGAGACCCAAAGAUAGCUGCCAUUCUCCCCCCCCUCCACUCCCACUUCUCUCUCUCUUCCUCUCUUUUUCACUUUUGUUUGUGGAUGAUGGGAUUUUAAUCAUGUGGAAGACAGCUGAGUGGCUCUUCUGGAUUUCGCUGACACUGCGCCUGGUCCCGCCUGGCCUUUUUUAAUCAGGAUGGACACUCUGGAGUCAGAGCUAACUUGUCCAAUCUGCCUGGAGCUCUUUGAAGACCCACUGCUGCUCCCCUGUGCCCAUAGCCUGUGCUUCGGCUGCGCCCACCGCAUCCUCGUCUCCCACUGCACCACCAACGAAUCAGUUCAGAGCAUCGGCGCCUUCCAGUGCCCCACCUGUAGAUAUGUCAUUUCCUUGAGUCCAGAGCGUGGACUAGAAGGACUUAAGAGAAACGUGACCUUGCAGAAUAUUAUUGAUAGAGUUCAACGGGCCUCAUCUUCAGCCGGGCUCCCCCUGCCGCUGUCGUUGCCUGCCCCUCACAGCGGGCCCAACUCUCCUGGUGAGGAAGGUAGCAACCGGUUGGCCCUGGUCCCCCUCAGUGCCGCCAUGUCCAGCCCGAGCACACCUCCGGAGCCGGUCCAGUGCCAGUUCUGCGAGCAGGACCCGCCACAGGACGCUGUUAAGACAUGCGUAACGUGCGAGGUGUCGUACUGCGACGAAUGCCUCAGAGCGACGCACCCCAACAAGAAGCCGUUCACCGGCCACCGGCUCAUCGAGCCUAUGCCGGACUGCCACCUCAGAGGGCUCCAAUGCCUGGAGCACGAGGAGGAAAAGGUGAACAUGUACUGUGUCACUGAUGAUCAGCUCAUCUGCUCACUCUGCAAGUUAGUCGGACGGCACAGGGACCACCAGGUGGCAGCACUGAACGACCGCUAUGAAAAACUCAGGCAAGCUCUGGAUUCCAACCUGAGUAAUCUGAUCAAGAGGAACAACGAGCUGGAGUCUCUUAUGGGAAAACUGAUUCAGACUUGUCAGCAUGUAGAGGUGAACGCGUCCCGCCAGGAGGGCAAGCUCGUGGAGGAGUGUGACGUCCUGAUCGACAUUAUUCAGCAGAGGAGGCAGAUCAUCGGGAACAAGAUCAAAGAGGGGAAGGCACAUAGGCUUCGGAAGCUCGCCCAACAGAUCUCCAACUGCAAGCAAUGCAUAGAGAGGUCCACAGCCCUCAUAACACAGGCCGAUCAGACGCUGAAAGAAACUGAUCAUGCUCGCUUUCUGCAGACGGCCAAGAGCAUCAAUGAGAGGGUUUCCAUGGCUACUGCAUCAACCCAAGUGCUGAUCCCUGAGAUACACCUGACUGACACCUUCGACACCUUUGCCCUGGACUUUACUAGAGAGAAGAAGCUGUUGGAGAAUCUGGAUUACCUCACUGCUCCAAGUGCUCCGUGCAUAAGGGAAGAACUGUGCACGGCUUCCUACGACACGAUCACUGUCCACUGGACGUCAGAUGAUGAAUUCACUGUGACGUCCUAUGAGCUCCAGUAUGCUAUUUUCACCGGACAGUCCAACAUUGCCAGUCUCUGUAACUCCUUGGAAAGCUGGAUGAUUGUUCCCAACAUCAAGCAGAACCACUACACAGUGCACGGUCUGCAGAGUGGCACCAAGUAUAUCUUUGUUGUCAAGGCUAUUAACCAAGCGGGGAGCAGAAGCAGUGAACCAGGGACUUUAAAGACAAACAGCCAGCCAUUCAAGCUUGAUCCUAAAUCUGCUCACAAGAAGCUGAAAGUGUCCCACGACAACCUGACAGUGGAGCGAGAUGAAACCACAUCUAAGAAAGGUCACAGCCAAGAGCGGUUCGCCAGCCAGAGCAGCUACGGUGUAGUGGGAAAUGUCUAUAUUGACAGUGGGCGUCACUACUGGGAAGCUCUCAUUGGAGGGAGCACAUGGUAUGCUGUAGGCAUAGCCUAUAAGUCAGCCCCCAAGCACGAAUGGAUCGGCAAGAACUCAGCGUCUUGGGUGCUCUGCCGCUGCAACAACUCCUGGGUAGUUCGUCACAACAGCAAGGAGCUAGCCAUCGAGCCGUCGCCCCACCUGCGACGCGUUGGGGUCCUGCUGGAUUAUGAUGCUGGAUACCUGAGCUUCUAUGACGCUGUAGGCUCCCAGCACCUACACACAUUUCAUGUCUCCUUCAUCCAGCCCGUGUGUCCUGUGUUCAACGUGUGGAACAAGUGUCUAACCAUUCUUACUGGUCUACCAAUCCCUGACCAUCUAGAGGGACUGGAACCCAACAACUGAAAGCUACACAGAGACAAAAAUAAAUCAACCCAAAUUUAGUAUCUUAAAGCUGCACUGGGCAAGAGAUGUGAAAGUACUCAUCUUUGGAUAGAGAACAGAAGAGGGAUCUAUCCUCUUUAAUUCAAUCAGCUCUGCUCUAUUUACCCAACAUAAAUUCUCCUCAUAUGCACUUUUGUACCCAGAGGCAAUGACAUCUCUAUCAGAAGCUAGCAAGCACACUGUCCUAAUAUAAAGCCAGACUUGCAAAUGUCUUAUUUAUUCCUCCUUUACGAGCUGGCUUCCUUUGAUACAUGCCAUAACACCCUGUUUGCUUUCUAUGUGAGUAUCACACUUUCACUUUCUCAGACAGCAACAGAACUUGCUAGCAUUUGUGCAAAGUUACCUAGUGCAGCUUUACUGUGCAAAAAAGAAAAAAGAAGACGUAUUGCAUGAUGUGUUGCUUUGUCAACAGAUUUUCUGUUUAUUAUUAAAAUUUGCUCAAUCAAAUCUGACUCUGGUUAAUGUUGGGCUUGACUUUGAAAGGCUUUGUGAUAACUCAGUCUAAAUCAGUCUUAGCUCAAGACUGUGCUGGACUAGAAAAGUCUACUCUAAGGCACUUUGGGCUAUGGUGAGCAUAUUUGUACCAUGGUAACUAGGAUACAAGCCACAAUCAAUUAUUUUCCUCUCUACCCGCCUUUUUUAGAUUAUUUUCUUAGAUAUUGCACUUUGAAAUUCCCUCAAACUGCACAUACUGCACACAUAAACACAAAAAGUAUACUUUCAUCAGUCAGGGUUGUUGGAAAGAGCAGAAUUACAGAUGUAUAUUUUGUAAAGUAAUUUCACCCCUCUUAUUUUUUCCUUGCUCAUUAAAAAGGAACCAAAGUAGCCAUUGCUGUUCAUAUAAAUUUUACGCUACGAGAAUAAAUGGAGACUUAUUUUUAAAACGUGACAGAGAAGAAAAUAGCAUUAUGGUCAAUAUUAAAUGCAACAUUCCCAUAAAUAUAGACUUUGUCUUUGCACAUUGUUCAUACUUUAUUCAUGCUUUUUGUAGCUUAACAUUCAAAUGCAUUCUGGUGCAAUUAACAUGUAUUCAUAUUGGGAAAGUGUUGUGUUGGACUUAUUGUGUUCAGUUCAUUUUUGGCAGUCAUACAAGUCCUGUCAUUAUUAUUUUAUGUGGUACAUAAUAUGUGAAUUGUGUUACAGUUGUAGCCACAGGUUAUUAUUGGAGAUUAGGUGUGAAAUGAACAUUUGGGUGUAAUUUUUUUCUUUUCUUCUUUUUUAAACGCUCUGGUAAUUGAGCAUAUGGAUAUUUAGUGAGACACAUCUGUGCCACAGUACCGUUACACCAAAACCAGGGUGAUCUCAUCUCUACAUACUGCUUUACAUGUUCUUUUUACACUUCAGGUCAUCAAACCUAUAUUCAGACUGUCUAUAAAAAAGAUACUUUAUUAAGUCAACCACCCAUGCACAGGGGGCUGUCCUCAGACGUGUUGCACAAUGACGAUAUCAGUAUGGUAAAAUCACCUCACUCAGUCACAGAGUCCUAUUUGAUUUUUUGUUUUUCCUUAAUUUCUCCAAUUUAAACGGAUAAAAUUAGCCAACGUGAGUUUCAGCCAUUGAUACGUAAAUAGUCGCGUAUAACAAAACCUCCCAGAAGAAACACAAUCAAGUACAGUAUGUUCUCUGUAAUUUAGGUUAGAGUCCACUGAAAAAUUGUUAAGCGUUACAAAAUUGUAAAUGUAAAGAUUUGGUUGUAUAUCUUGACAGACGUUGGUUCAAAACACAAUACAUAGGACAAAUGAGCUUCAAUUCUGUGUUUAUUGGAAAUAGAUUGAACUCUGUGUUUCAUUGUAAAUGAUGCAAAUAUUGUGUUUAAUUUAAUGUUUCCAUUUGAACUUUGUAUGAGGCCAUGGUGUUAUCUGUUCAGUCUCUGUGGAUAUUUUUACGGGAAAAUAAUACAGUACGAGUGCUUGCGUCACUACUGUCUGAGCUAAGUCUGUACGAGAGUGAAAAAUAAACAUUGUUCCUUUUCACAUUAAA